CUACUGCAGUGGGAAUCAACACCCGAACGCACGUGUGAGGCUAACAGGCAUGCCUAAGGCACCAAAGGCCAAUAUCCCAGGGCGCCAGAAACCCAUCCACCCUCAAAGCAGGAAGGCAGCCCAGUUGGCCAGGCAAGCAAACCACGAACAGAGAGUUCACCGGGCUCAUGGAGACCAGGCUACCAAACUGGAGGUCCUGGGAAACAAGCUACUGUGGUUCAAAGAGAACGUGGAUCUCCAGAAGAAAGUGUACUCCAAGCUGGAACUUUGUUUGCUGGUUGAAGAAUAUCUUCAUAGAUUUGAUGAGGAAAUGGAACAGAUAGAGCUUAUCAAGAAUAGUCUUAAAACUCGUCAAGGGGGACAGCACAUGUCAAGGGAGACUGCUAUCAAGACAACUCUUGAGAGAGAUAGGAGAGAGUAUGAAGAAAUGGGUAUUGAAGUGCCAGAUAUCUUGAAUGGAAAGAGACUGAAAUAUUUCAGGUGA